AUAAAAUGGUAGGCGAGAUUAGCAAGUGAUAAAAAUGUUAGGUACGAUCAUUUUAACAAUUAAAAGUCAAAUUGAGACACCCAUUUCAAUAUGUUUAAAACAAUCAAAUAAUUGUCCCAAACAUAGACACUCAUCAGUAUAAAUCCAAAAUAGCCAAUCCAACCACCAAUCCCGGCUGCAAUGGCAUUUUACAAGCAUCAGCUUCACUUCGUUUUAGUACCUCUAAUGGCCCCAGGCCACUUCAUUCCCAUGAUUGACAUGGCCAAAUUAUUGGCACAACACGGUGUGAACGUCACUGUCGUCACCACUCCUAUCAUUGCCUCCAGAUUCAACCCAAUCAUCAACCGUGCCAUCGAAUCUGGACUCCCCCUCCGCCUUCUCCCACUCCGGUUCCCCUCCGUAGAGGCCGGCCUACCAGAGGGGUGCGAAACUGUAGACAAUGUUCGUUCUGUAGUCCUAAUGAAGAAUUUCUAUGCCGCAAUCGACAUGUUGCAAGAACCGUUCGAGCAAUUGAUUGAAGAGCUCAAGCCAUGUCCAUGUUGCAUAAUAGCCGAUAAACAUAUUGCAUGGGCAGCCGACACCGCUCGCAAGUUUCAGAUUCCGAGAAUUAUUUUUGACGGAAUGAGUUGCCUCACUCUUUUAUGCUCACACAAUUUACAAAUUUCCAAAGUUCAUGAGAGUCUAUCCGAGUCAGAGCCAUUCGACCUUCCUGGCUUGCCUGACAGAAUUGAGGUAACUAAAGCUCUGCUGCGUAUGUUAUUCAAUGUGGGUUCAUCAGUACAACAAAAAUUCAUGGAACGAGCACGAGCUGCCGAAGUCGGAGCAUAUGGGGUGGUGAUUAACAGUUUCGAAGAGCUAGAACCGAGAUACGUCGAUGAGAUUCGAAAGGCAAAAGGAGACAAAGUUUGGUGCAUUGGGCCGCUAUCACUGUGCAACAAAGAUAACUUGGACAAGGCUCAGAGAGGAAACAAGGCUGCCAUCGAUGAAAACAAGUGUUUGAUGUGGCUCGAUGAACAAGAGCCAGGCUCUGUGGUUUAUGUGUGCCUUGGUAGCUUGGGUCGCCUCACACCUCCUCAGUUAAUCGAGCUUGCUUUAGGAUUGGAAGGGACGAAACGCCCGUUUGUGUGGGUUAUAAGAGGCGGAGGAAAUGAGGGAGAGAUAGAGAAGUGGGUGGAAGAAGAUGGAUUUGAGGAAAGAACGAAAGGGAGAGGGCUUCUGAUCCGAGGCUGGGCACCGCAAUUACUCAUAUUGUCGCACUGGGCUGUGGGGGCAUUUUUGACACACUGCGGGUGGAACUCUACACUGGAAGGGGUGUGUGCUGGUGUGCCGCUGAUAACUUGGCCGAUGUUUGCCGAGCAAUUUUUGAAUGAGAAGUUGGUUGUUCAAAUUUUGGAGAUUGGAGUGAGCGUUGGGGUUGAGAAGGUUGGGAACAUAUUUGGGGAAGAUAAGUGUAAGAAGUUGGUAGAGAGAGAGACAGUUGAGGAAGUUGUGGAGAAAGUAAUGGAUGAAGGAAUUGAAGGAGAAGAGAGAAGGAAAAGGGCAAAAGUACUUGGGGAAAUGGCAAAGAGGGUAAUAGAAGGGGGUUCUUCCUACUUAAAUAUGAAAUUGUUAAUUGAAGAUGUCAUGAAACAAGUUAACCACAAGGAAUCAAUGCAAGAACAUAGUGGCUCAUAAAAAAGCAGGACCCAUGAUAAGCCCUAUAAGUUCGGAAAGCACCCUCUAGUUCAGUGUAGUACAACGGAGAGUUGUAUGUUGUGUUUGGAAAGUAUGAAUCGCUCCUGAAAUGAAAUAUAUUGAUUCUCUUCUAAUUGGUUCAACCAGAGCUACGAAGAUUUACUUCAUGAGCGAGGUCUUUGGUUCAAGUCCUGGAUGGCUCAACUAAGCCAAGGAAGAAUAGAAGAAGCAUCUAACUCCUUUAUGUGUGUUCUACUUGGCUCGAGAGAAGCCCAACCCUUUUUAUUUUAUAACCAUAAUGCAUGGGUUGAAAGAGGGUAACUAUUUGGUACUCUUAAAGGAUCAUGUAGCAUUGUUUAUGAGGUUGUACAAACCAAUCUUGCUGUUGUAAUGUUCUCAAUUUCGUAAGACCUGAUUUGUCAAAUCUAAACCAUAUUCAUCAUUAAUUCUCAUUAAUCAGUGGAAUUA